AUGGAGUUUCACCAGUUCACCAGACUCCCGUUCGAGCUCCAGAUCCAAAUCUGGGAGGAAUACACUCCAUCUGGCCCUGCCAUGCACGUCUUCGAUGUCUGCUUUCCCUCAUGGAAGGGCGAAGAGCGUGCAGACCAAGCCUUCAAGGAGUCUGGAGCCAAGCGAGAAGUAGCCGAUCAGUACAAGAAGCAGGUGUUCUUCGAUCGGUUUGAAUCGGAGCACGGGGCGUUUGAUCCGAGCAUGUAUCGUGCCGUAACGUCUUCACGGCUCAUCAACCGCGCUGCAUAUGACAUUGCGAAGAAUAUUGAGGCGAAACAAGAGACCAACACGAUACACCUCCCAGGCCGUGCGCAAAAGAUCACGAUACCAACGUCUGACGUGCUCAUGAUGCGCUUCCGUGAAUAUCCAGUCGACCAUACUCAGCUGGCUACCGAGACGCUGAACUGUCCGCCGCCGAUCGGGGAGAUUCUUCAGAGCCAGUGGUCGGGCGAGAUUGCGUCUGCUCUGCAGCGGGCCAAGAGGAUUGCCAUUGACGUCACGGAGACGUGGGCAACGGGAUUGUACGGAGAGAUGGGGUUUGAGGAGAUCACGUUCUUUGCUUCCACGAUACACAAGGGACUGGAGGUGUUGUAUCUGGUUGAUGACUGUGCGGGACGUUGCAAAGGAUGUGAGAGAGAAGACGUCAAAGCGGAGGGUCUUCAGACGAGGGAUCAACUGUGGAAGGAUCUAAAUGAGGACGACGAGACAAGAUCAGGUGAUAUUGUUCGCGCAGUCUCGAGACGCUAUGUCGAGGUGUUUGAUCUUGAGGGGCUCGGCUGGGCAGAGCAUCCGUCCUACAUGUUUGCGAGAAUCAUCGGCGCUGCCAUACGGAGUCAACAACGAGACGACGAUAAGGGCAAGUUUCAGGGGGUCAGAGUCUUGGUAGUUGAGGACGAGUGA